AUGGCCCUUACUGCCAAGAACAAAUUAGGUUUUAUUGAUGACUCUCUUGCUAAGCCAUCGAACACUUCUCCUCUCUUUCAUCACUGGACUCGAUGUAACAACAUGCUUUUGUCAUGGCCUCUCAACUCUCUUUCCAAAGAGAUUGCUACCAGUGUAAUCUACGUUGAAUCUACCAUGGAAAUGUGGUCAGAUCUUCAACAACGUUUCUCUCAAGGCAAUGGCCCUCAGAUCUUCCAGUUGCAGAAAUCAAUUAGAUCUUUCAUGCAAAAUGAUCUUUCUGUUAGUGCGUACUACACUCAAAUGAAGGGUCUAUGGGAUGAGCUGAUGAACUAUAGGCCCUUACCUAUCUAUUCUUGUGGAGGAUUACGUGCUUUGAUGGAUAUGCACCAGCAAGAUUAUGUCAUGCGAUUUUUGAUGGGCCUCAAUGAUUCAUUCUCUCAAGUCCGUGGUCAAAUACUCCUAAUUGAUCCACUUCCUCCUAUCAACAAGGUCUUCUCACUCGUUCUUCAAGAGGAACGCCAGAGAGACAUUGGAUCAGUGCUAGUCUCACACAUUCCAUCUGUUGCACUUUCAUCUACAUUCAAACCUGUUCAUCAGACUAAGGCUUUCCCUCGAAAAGAAAGACCUAUUUGUUCUCACUGUUCUCUUCCAGGGCACACUAUUGACAAGUGCUUCAAGUUACAUGGAUAUCCUCCUGGAUAUCGCUCCAAAUGGAAAUCUGCAAUUCCUUCAUCCUCAGCUCAUCAAGUUGCUGCUGAUUCAUCAUUUCCAUUCACACCAGAACAAUGUUAA